UCUCUCUCUAAAAGCUACGGAAGACAGCACCACCACAUCACCAUUCCACUGCCGCAGCUGCUUUGCCGACUCUUCUAAGUAUUCCUUGUCUCGAGACACCUGCUGCUUUCUCUUCUUCUCGUCGUCCCUCUUUGGCUUCCUUCUGGAGACUACUCCUCGGCCCGGGCCUUGUGAAGCUUUCCCUGCAUGGAUACUGCUCCGUGGCAUCAGGACAUAGGGCUGGUGAAGUCGAUGGAGAUGGUGGCCUCCUCCUCCUCCACCGUCACCACCACCACCGCCACUGCGAGCAGUACUUUCAGCGCAGCCAGGCCUCAGGUGACGGAGAGGAGGAUCAGGCCGCAGAAGGAGCAGGCUCUCCACUGUCCCAGGUGCAACUCCACCAACACCAAGUUCUGCUACUACAACAACUACAGCCUCACUCAGCCACGGUACUUCUGCAAGACCUGCAGGAGGUAUUGGACCGAUGGGGGGUCCCUCAGAAACGUCCCCGUGGGUGGUGGCUCAAGAAAGAACAAGCGGCCCUCCCUCUCCUCCGCCGCCGCCACCACCAGCGCCACCUCCGCUACCACCUCUUCCACCGCUGCGACCUCCUCUAUAGUAUCAAACCCCAAGAAGCUACCGAUUGACCUCAUCCCCCCUCGCGUUUCCCUCUCUGCAUCUCAGAAGUUCCAUGACGGACAAGACCUCAACCUGGCUUUCCCCCACCACGGACUCCCUGAGUUCAACGGCUUCCCCGGUUUGGAGAGCAGUACCGUCAACAGCAACAGUAGCGGUACUGGAAACUGCAGUAACCCAUGCAAUGCUGUUGGUGCUCUCUCUGCCAUGGAGCUACUGAGGAGUGGCAUGACUAUGAGAGGGCUCAGCCCAUUCGUGACGAUGCCACUGCCGGAAUACCCGACCGGGUUUGAGUUACAGGAAUUCAGAGCUCCUGCACUUAACUUCCCGAUGGAAGCUAUUGCCGGAGGCGAAGGAAGAGAAGGGAGCAGUGGUGGGUAUGGGGCUCUGCAGGGGGUGCAGGAGAGCGCCGGUGGAAGGCUGUUGUUCCCCUUUGAAGAUGUGAAGCCAGUGGUCCACACAAGCACCGCUGCCGAGUUCGAGAACAGUCGGGGCCAUGGUGGCCAUCCUCCUGGUUUCUGGAACGGGAUGAUAGGUGGAGGCGGCUCAUGGUAGAAGAAGCAUCUCGUGAUCUCAACGAAGAAAUAGAAAGGCCAAAAAAGAGUGCGUGUUUAUUUAUUUGGUUUGAUUUCAGAUGAUGGUGUUGAAUGACUCUGUCUGGAAUUUGCUCGGGACCAACAGAAGGCAAGCGGAAGCAUGCAUGCAGUUCCUUCUCCUCCGUUUCUUUCCAUCACAAGCUUUUCCUUCUCCUACAGUCUCCAGUUUAUGUGAUUCUCAUCACCAUGGACAUGUGAAGCUUCUUUUUAGGUUGGCUUCAACAGGGUGUGUGAUCAAAAGAAUUUUCUGUCCUAUGAUAUCACCUUUUGCUUGUACAAGAAGUCAUAAGAAUUUGCAUCAGAGUAUUGACCAAGAGUGGAACAAAGAGGAAGACAACCAUCUCCACGA